ACAAAAUCGUAUAUAAGCAGGACAAUGGUUCUUCAUUUUCCAGUUCAGCAGACAAAAUGAAACAGUUCAUUUUCUUCUUACUACACCUGUGUUUUAUGUUCGCGUUCAGCGAAAACUGCGACAAAUAUGGAAUCAGAUUAUAUGAGGAUAUGGCCUGCACACCUGAAAAUAAUGGGGGUCCAUGCCCUACUAGUUUCAAUUGCAAACUGACCUCAGCAGCUAACGAGUGUAUGGUCCGCGGAAAAGUCUACAAUUCAGGAGAAGCAAUCCCAAAAGAUAAAUCUGGACAUACUUGUGAAUUUGGAUGUUCCUGCAACCGCCCAGAAAUAGGUUGUCCACAAUGGGGUUGUGGGGACUGGGCAGAUGUGCCUCCUGUACCUACAGAUUGUUAUAGAGAAUAUGAACUUGACGAAUGCUGUUCGACUGGAAUACGUUGUCCACCAUUCAACGAUACCACCACAUGUGUCAUCGAUGGAACUGAAUACAAAGCUGGUCAAAAAUUCUUCCCCAAAGACAGCUGCUACGCAUGCUUGUGUCAAAAAGGAUUUAAUGGUAAAUUUGAGGCACCGUUUUGCAAGAGACGUGGUUGUGAUGCGCAAGUUAAACACCAAGAGCAAAUACAAAAAUCUUGUGCUGGGGUAUACCUUAAGACACACAACGAAGGAGAAGCAAGAUGUUGUCCUUCACAGUGGACUUGUCAUGAUGGUACUGAAAUUAUAAAGAGCGAUGGAAACAAAUCUAAUUCUGCCACAUGUAAAUAUGGAGACAAAAUUCUACAAAUCGGUGACCGUUUUGAAAAAGAAGUUAAAGUUACAUUAGUUACUAAAACAAAAGUUAAAUGUGAGUGUAAAAUACCGCCCUUAGUUAUGUGUCUAGAAGCUUGAAUUUUCCCUGUUAUUGUGAAUCACGUUUUAUAGACAGUUGAAUUAAUGUGGUAAAAUAAACUUACAUUCCUCUAA